AGCCGUUCGUCUGGGCCUAAUCGGGGAAGAACUCUACAUUCCAGUCUCUUGACACGCAUUCUACUGAAGCCCCAACAGAUGGCGCAGGUUGACCUCCUCCAGUCGGUCUCGCUUGCAUGAGAGGCGGACAGGGAGCUGGCAGUUCUUACAUUCUGUGGUUUGUGUUCCAAACGAACCAAGCUGCGCCCAUAAGCAAGGCACCAGCCCUGUUUGGAGAACGGUGCCAAGGAGUCUCUAGCUGACAUGGAGGAUAUUGACAAAAUUCUACAGACUACGUCUGACUUGAGGAUUUUACAACUGGAGGGGAUUUUUUUUUCUUUUGGAAACGAGACUUCUGACUCAUGACUCAACCUGUGUAGGGAGAUUUAGAUAGUUACCAUGUUUAAUUUGAUAAAGAAAGACAAAGAGAAGGAAGGGAGCAGGAAAGAGAAGAAAGAGAAGAAGGAGAGAAUGUCUGCAGCAGAGCUGCGCAGCCUGGAGGAGAUGAGCAUGAGGCGGGGUUUUUUCAAUCUUAAGAGGGAGGCUAAGCGGGAGUCCAAGAACAAAGUGGAGAUCUCCAACCCCAUUCCUAUCAAAGUGGCCAGCACCAAUGAGCUGUCCCUCACUGACAUUGAGUCAGAUGAGUUCAGCAACCGAAGCAGCAUGGCCUUGGACGAUCAGAUCAGUGUGGCCAGCUCCACUGAUGACUUGAAAGGAGAGGGAGGAGGUCAGGACGGACAUCGCAGCUCUGUACGGGACCGCGUGGCUCACUUUGGUUCUCUUGCCAAGCAGAACUCCUCACAGAUGGGGCAGAUGAUGAAACGUUUCUCCUUCUCCCAGAGGAGCAAGGAAGAGAGCCCGUCAGAGGGCUCCACACCUUCUGGACAGAACUCUGCUGCUCCAUCACCGCAGGUCGAAAGUAAAGUGUUCAACAUGCUUCGCAAGCACAGCCAAAAAGUUCAACCAGAGGCGGCAGACACCAAAAAAGUUUUCAUCCCUGAACUAGUUGAUAAGAUUUUUCCCGCACCUUUGCAGCUGCCUACUGUGGUUGCACCAAUUGCCCCAGAAACACGGGAGCUGGAGCUGCAGAGGCGCAACACUGGUGACUUUGGGUUCUCUUUACGCCGAACCACUAUGUUAGAUCGCAGCCCUGAUGGAGGGGUCUACAGGCGCGUGGUCCACUUCGCCGAGCCUGGUGCUGGCACUAAGGACUUGGCGCUUGGACUUGUGCCUGGCGACAGGCUGGUGGAGAUAAACGGCCGGAAUGUGGAGAACAAGAGCCGUGACGAGAUAGUUGAGAUGAUCCGUCAGUCAGGAGACACAGUGAGGUUGAAGGUCCAGCCCAUCCUGGAGCUGAGCGAGCUGAGCCGCUGCUGGCUGAGGCACAUCGAGGGGCUGCGCAGAGAGGCCCGACACAUCAAAGAAGAGAACAAGGCGGGAGGCAAAAGUUUGGAAGUUGACAGGCUGGCAAGCCGGGCCCAAUCAGUCCCUGGUCUAGAUCCUGGCAGAGCGAUAUUCAGGGCAAAAAGUCCUUCAGCAGCUUCCUGGGAUGAAUCUGCUGGUCCUGCCCGAGGUUCCGCCCCACCAAUCAUCACAGUGCCUGUUAAAGUCACUGAGCUCUUCAAAAGCCCUGAAACACCACUGAAGAUGACAUUUAAAUUAAACAGAUCUAAGCCUUCACAAGUCCAAACGAUAGAGGCAGCUAGCUCUGGGCAUGGAAACGAUGAAAACAAUGGCGAAAGUAUUCCGAAUGGUCUGAACAAUGGUAAUGUUGAUCCUUUGGACACCAAUACCAGCCAAAUGGACCUUACAGAUGAACAGAGGACAGCACACAAAACAGAAGGAAAUGUGGUUCCUCUUGUUAUUAAAAAUGUUGUGUCCAUACAGGGUGAUGAGGCAAAGAUGCUAACUCAAAAUUUAGGAAAAACUAAAGAGGAAGCCAAAUUUACAGCUGAAGCAGUCAAAACAGUUCAAGCACCAAGAACAGCUCCACUGACAAAGACAGUGCCAGCAUUCUUCUUUAAACAUGACAUUAUCAAAACAGAAAAUAAAGCGAGUAUUCCACAAGCACUGACACAUUUUAUGAUCGGUGACAAAAGAAAAGGGCUUUGCUCACAAACCAGGAAGGAACAAGUAGAGAAAGGGAAACCACCUGAAGAGAAGAAGAAAAGUGAGCUAAUGGAAACAAAUCGGGAGUGUACAGAGGGUACAACCACCCAGGUGUUACAGGAUACCGAUUAUUUCACAUAUUUAAAGACUUCAUCAGCUCCUAUUGGCUUACCUCAGACUGCUUCCAAAGUUACUUCUAGACAUUCUUCUCUCCUUUCAGUUGAGGGAUUUGUCGCACCUCCCAAGUCAGCUCCCCUGACUUCCUGUACAGAUGUCACGUCUGCCACCUCUUCAGCCACUCCUUGUAGCCCACCUGCCUGUAAAUCCUCGGGCUUGCCUCCACUGCAUUCUGUCCUUAGUGCAAAUCCCUCUCAACAAGCUUCAGGAAGUCAGGAAGAGUUCCAGUGGUCCCGUGCAACAUAUCUGACCUACGAAUCAGGGGAAGAGGAUCAGUUUUCUCCUUUCCAGACGUCUCAUGUUGCAGUUAAGAAACCUCCAGUGUGGCCUGGACCAUGCCUGUCAUAAAUGCUCCAGCUCAUCACAUGAAUCUCAGUCCUGUGAACUCACUGUAAUGCAUGUUUUAGAUGUUUCUCUACUUGAACACACCAGAUUUUAAUAGUGAAAGAUGUCCUCAGCAAAUCCUCCCUUUAGUCAGCCACUGAUUG